AUGGUAAUACACACAUCUCCACAUAUGUUCCACCGCAAAUGUGAAUUAUCGACGUUGUGUGAUGGUGGAGAACUCAGAGACCAUAUUUUGCUGCCCACCUCCAUUUGCCCCAUCACCCGGGAUAGGCAAAGUGGAAAGUCUGAUAGCAGCGUGGUGGCCAAGGGAGAACUUGUAAUGCAGUACAAGAUCAUCCCCACCCCAGGUACCCACCCCCUGCUGGUCUUGGUGAACCCUAAGAGUGGAGGGAGACAAGGAGAAAGAAUUCUUCGGAAAUUCCACUACCUGCUCAACCCCAAACAAGUUUUCAACCUGGACAAUGGGGGACCUACUCCAGGACUGAACUUUUUCCGUGAUACCCCAGACUUCCGUGUUCUAGCCUGCGGAGGAGAUGGGACAGUUGGCUGGAUUUUGGAUUGCAUUGAUAAGGCCAGCUUUGCAAAGCAUCCACCAGUGGCUGUCCUGCCUCUUGGAACAGGAAAUGACCUGGCCCGAUGUCUGCGCUGGGGAGGAGGUUAUGAAGGGGGAAGCUUGACAAAAAUCCUGAAGGACAUUGAGCAGAGCCCCUUGGUGAUGCUGGACCGUUGGUAUCUGGAAGUCAUCCCCAGAGAGGAGGUGGAGAAUGGAGACCAGGUUCCAUACAGUAUCAUGAACAACUAUUUCUCCAUCGGCGUGGACGCUUCUAUUGCGCACAGAUUCCACCUGAUGAGAGAAAAACACCCUGAAAAGUUCAACAGCAGGCCCGGGCCUCCCCGUCCGGUUCUCGGCCGGACCGUCGCAUUGCUGGAAGGAGGGUUUCCAUUUCCAAGGCCCCGGGGGGAGGGGGAAUGUCCCCUCGGGGAGGAUCCGCGCAGAGGGAGGAUUGGGAGCGUCUUCGGCCUUGGGGGCUCGGCGGCUUCCCUCAAAUGCACAGCUUCUCCACCCCCAGCCCCCGCCGCGUCUCUUCUGCGGAUGGACAGGGAGGGUACGAGGGGCUCAGCUUCUCCCAGUCCCAAACGGGAGGAGGCGACAGCCCUGGGAUUUGGGCCAGGAGGAUCCGGAGGGCGUCGCCACUGCCUUCCAUGA